AUGGUGGGCGCGAUGCCUGUUAAUUUAAUGCCAAAAUUUUGCAACGGCACGAUGGAGAGCUGUAACGGCGUGGAGGAUGAAAUGCAAGUGUCUAUUGGUAGCAGAGUGAAGAGUGGUGAUGAUUUUGGCACGGUGAAAUAUAUCGGUGAGGUGCAGGGGUAUAAAGGGAUCUGGUACGGAGUGGAAUGGGACGAUGCUUCGAGGGGAAAACACGAUGGAUUCGUUGAUAAUGUGCAAUACUUCAAGACCACGAAACCAGGCGCAGCUUCCUUUGUGCGUCCCAACAAAAUAAAUCCGUGCAGAACUUGCGCGGAUGCCAUUCGGAUGUAUUACGGUGAUCGUGAGGAUGAAACAGUAGCCGCACAUCGGAGAACAGUUAUCAAUGAAUGGAAAAGGGAGAUGGGAGCGCCUUUCAUUGAAAUGGUUGGUUUUGAGAAGAUUCAUCAAAAGCAGAAGUUCGACCGCCUCCUAGAAGUUUGUGUCCACGACCAGAACGUCGCCAAGGCGGGCGACGUGGCCUCCCUCUGUCCAAACGUCCGCAGCCUCGACGUCUCCAGCAAUCUGUUCUCCAACUGGCGCGAGGUCAUUCAGCUGUCUGCGCAGCUUCCAGAUCUUAAGGAGUUGGAUGUCAGCAAGAACCGAAUGGCCAUCGACAUGCCGGAGGAGACCCUCUCCCAGCUCUCAAUAAACUUCGCCAGCCUGGAGAAGCUGAACGUAUCGGUCUGCGACUACGAGUGGUCCGACCUGGUGGCACUGUCCCACCUGUGGCCGAAGAUUCGAGAAGUAGUCGCAGCGUACAACAGAAUAAGCAGGCUGUCCGCCCCAGAGGUCACUCUACGGACCCUGGAGGUGCUGAGGCUGGACGGCAACCCGAUCGACUCCUGGCACGAGGUCAUGCAGCUCGGCACCCUGAGGAACCUCUCGACCCUCAGCCUGAACGACUGCGAGAUCGCCGAGGUCAGGUUUAACGACGAGCCAGGCAACGCUAAAGUGGAUUUGUUCGGAAAGCUUGAGGUGCUCUUCUUGAACAGGAACAGGGUCAAUGAUUGGCGGUCGAUCAGCGAGCUGGACAAGUUACGGUGCCUGAGGAAACUGUAUUUCCUGAAGAACCCCAUACAGAACACCGAGGACUAUGACACCACAUCUCAGCUGAUCAUCGCGAAAAUUGGCACACUACAGGAGCUGAACGGAUCGAUAAUAACGCGGGAGCUGCGGAGGGGGGCGGAAUACGACUACUUAAAGAGAUACGGGGCUGAGUGGAAGGCGGCACAGGCUGAUCAAGCGAGGAAGUUGGCCUUCGAUCUGGAGCAUUGUCGUUUCCAAGAGCUGAUCAACAAAUACGGCGUCCCAGACGACAGUCUGCUGGUGAAGCAACAGAAGAACACGACACUCACGUCGCAACUGCUCGAAGUUGUUCUUCGCGACGAGAGCGGGAAGAUGCUGAAAAAGAAGUUCCCGUCCACGAUGGCCGUGCAGAAGCUGGUCACGCUGGCGCAGAGGCUGUUCGCGAGGAGCGGCAGCCACGGCACCCCGACCCUCAACGUCCUGGACGAUCAGAUGCACGGCGCGGAGAUACACCUGGACAACGCGAUGAAGGACCUCGCCUACUACUCCAUCAAGAGCGGCGACACGAUCCUCGUCAGAAUACGCCGCCAUAUUGUUUUGAUUUUAAUCGGGCUCGAUAACGCGGGUAAAACGAAAACCGUGAACAAUUUGGCCGGCGAGAGGGACGAUAAAGUUUUGCCCACGGUGGGCUUCAAGGCCGUCAAUUUAAUACACAAGGACACGCCGGUGACGAUCUACGAUUUGGGCGGCGGGCCGCAGUUCCGUCAGAUAUGGAGCCAGUACUACAGCGAGGUGCACGGGAUAAUUUUCGUCAUCGACUCGAGCGACUUUUCGCGGUUGGACGAGUGCAAGGCGGUGCUGGAGGAGGUGUUAUCACACGAUAGAAUAUCAGGCAAACCAGUGCUGGUGUUGGCAAACAAGCAGGACAAAGAUGGCGCCCUCGACGACAUCGACGUGGUGGAGAAAUUGAACAUUGAACCGCUCGUCAACAAGUAUAGAUGUCCCACCUUAGUGGAGUCGUAUAGCGCUUUUCCAUCGGAGCUCAAAGCGAAGAAGCCGAAAAUCGACCCGGGCUUACGCAAGGGCUACCACUGGCUCCUGAACUAUAUAGUGCGCCGUUACGGCGACAUAAACUUACGCGUCCAAACGGACAUACACGCUGACCUCGAGCGACGCAAGCGUAUGCUGACUAGGGCUGCGAACAGAGCCUCGCAAACCUACACGGCGACCAGCGACGACAUGGCCACGCAGACCGGCUUCGAGAACCCUAAUUUCGAACCGCACACCGCCGAAACUGACCGAGAGAAAGAGCUGGAGCGCGGCCUAAUCGUAGUCAAGCCCGUUGGCAUCAAACCGAACAGCGUAGACACGACUAUAACAAUCGAGAGCGUCGAGGACACUGACACCAGCGGUCCGAAACCAAAGCUAUCGCCGCUGUUCGGCCAAACGAGCAACAGCUCGAACAGCGAGCCGGCUAAGAUCGAACUAGAGCCGAGGAACGAGUUCAGGAAGCUGUCGCCGAUAGUGAGGAAGAAGAGCGGCCCCAACCAUCACAUCGAUUUUAGGAGCAGACCACAUUCGAGCCCCACAAUAAAGAAGAAUAAGGUAAGCGAAACUAAUGCCACGUCGAAGAACUCCUCGAUUCAAGAGGAAGAGGGCAAGGCGGGCAGCGAGAGUGUAAGAUACCUGGGCGAUUGCACCCAAGCGUGGGAUCAUGGCAGCACUCUCAACCACAGGGUCCUCGUUAGGGAUUCUGAGCUGUCUCAGCUGCACCGGGAGAUCGUGCUGACGGAGAGAGGCAACGCCGCGGGAUCAACGGAGCCUCUUGCGAAAGCGGCGUCCACGGAUCUCGCCGCAUUAAGGUCUGGUGGGGGUGGUUUUGGUGGUUUGGGGGCGCUGUCUGGUGAUGGGGGCAGGCCGGCGUCAGCGUCGCAGCUGGUGCGGAGGCAGCUCGAGCUCGGCGCUCACAAGAGGCGGCUGAGUCUGCGCUACAUGCAGCGAAACAAGACUAGCCCCGAGCGCAUUACAAUGGUGGUCGUGGAGCCCGGUAAGGCGCAACGGCACCUGGACAAGGGCGACUUCCAGCACACCACCGCCACCAAC